ACACCAUACAUCCAACAACAUCUCAGGGCUCGAUCUGCGAUUCUUCAUUCUCAAUCGACGCCGAGAAAACAAAACAAAACGCAGCGGAAGGGAGGAGCUUACACGACGAAGAGGAGAAGGUAAAAAAUGGUGAAGGUGUUGACAUACUUUGGGAUGACAUUGGCUGCUUUCGCCUUCUGGCAGUCCAUGGACAAAGUUCACGUCUGGAUCGCUCUUCAUCAAGACGAGAAGCAAGAAAGAAUGGAGAAGGAAGCGGAGGUGAAACGGGUUAGAGCAGAGCUGCUGCGGAAAGCUAGAGAGGAGGAUCCUCUUGCCUGAUCAUCUUUCUUCUCCUGUCAUGUUUUUUGGCUUUCUUUAAUCAACUAUUAUCAAUUUCACUUCUCUCUCCUGACAUUUGUUUUUCACUGGUUAUGGACUAAAAUGGAGUUUGCAUAAAACGAGAGUACCAUAUAUGCUUUUAAGCGUGGGAUGAUCAUGAAUAAUUUCGUCUUUGUUGUUCUUUCUCAACUAAUGAAAUACUUGUGAACAAGUAUCAGUAUCUUGCUCUA